GGAAGGGCCCCUUGGCCUGGCUGGGCAGCCCCAAGUCCUUCGGAAUUCCCCAGCCCGGGCUCCUGGCCCCACCCGGCCCCCCGAAGCUCCUGGUGGGCUGGGCCUGUGGCAGGCUGAAGGGAGGAGCCCUGGCCUCCCUCCAGGGGCAGGUGUAGGCCCUGCAGCCUCGGGGAGCCGGGCCGGGCCUCCACCUGAACCUCUGACCUCAGGGUCCCGAUGUCCCCCCUGCCCUGACCACCGUAAGCCACCCUCAGCCAGGGGAGCCAGGCUGCCAGUGAUUUCAGAUGCUCAGAGCCUCCCGAGGCCCCCAGAGUCCCCUGAACCCCACCCAGGCCCCUUGGGGUCCUUGAGCCCCCUGGAGGCUCCGGGGCCCCGUGUGGGCGGGCCCCCUCACAGUGCCCAGGGUCCAGGACCCUCUCCCCGCCCCCUGGCGGGCCCCAUCCCUCCCAACACCAUGAAGAAGUUCGCCUCCAGCCGCAGCCUGAACAAGAUUCUGGCUCAGUGUGACUCGUCCUCCCGCGAGUACGAGGAGAUUCAGGCUGUGGAACGGAAGUGGCAUCUCCACCUGGCCACCCCACGGCUCCUUCUGCUGGACAGGAAGUCCAAGUCGUCCCUCUUCCUUCCAGCCCCUCCGCCCCCCAAGAGGGCCCCCAGCACCACGCUGACUCUGCGGUCCAAGUCCAUGACUGCUGAGCUGGAGGAGCUGGAAGAGAAAAGAGAAAGCCACGCCUUCCUGGGGCGCCUUGCAGCCGAGAGCACCAAAGCCCCCACGCCAGCUUACCCCCAGUCUGCCCGAGAGAAGCUGGAUGAGAUCCUGGCGGCAGCUGCAGAGCCCACGCUGAGACCGGACAUCGCGGACGCUGACUCCAGGGCGGCCACUGUCAAGCAGCGGCCCACGAGUCGGCGCAUCACUCCCGCAGAGAUCAGUUCUUUGUUUGAACGCCAGGGCCUCCCUGGCUCCGAGAAGCUUCCUGGAUCCCUUCGCAAGGGCAUCCCACGCACCAAAUCUGUAGGCCUCACCCCAGGGCCCCGGGCCUGACUGCCGGUCCCUCCGUAGGGGAAGAUGAGAAGCUGGCCUCUCUCCUGGAGGGGAAGUUCCCGAGGAGCUCGUCCAUGCAGGAUGCUGUCCGUGAGGGCCAUG